AUGUCUAAAAAUUCAUUCACCAUGUCUAAAAGAACAAGAUCCGAAACACCCGAAGUUGAACCAAGUAUAUUAUGGGAGUUAUUAAUCAGAUUCGGAAACAAACUAGGGUCUUAUGAACGAGCAGAAACAGCUUUUAUCAAUGAAAGACGUGAAUUAGUAUUUAGAUUAUUUCAAGAUAUUCAAUCAGUCAUCUAUCAAUAUCCAGAAGAACAUCAAAUCUUUUCCGAUGAUCAUCAAAUGACUGCUAUUGAUUUCGCUUCCAAAUUACUUCAGAACACAGUCAGAGUUCGUGAUAUGACACCUGGCCCAUCAGGUAGUGAUGCUUUAACACAAUUACAAGACUCACAACAAUCUAUGCAACAAAAUGACGAAUCGGUAAUUGAAACAGCCAUGGACUACUUGAAUCACAAAGUUUUUAGAUUCUCAAAUAGAAAUCAUCAUUCACUUGAUCUUUGCUUGAUUUGUCAUGAAGAAUUCAAAUCUGGUCAAUCGGUUUCUCAAUUUCCUUGUUAUGAUUCUGACAAUCAUGAGUUUCAUACUACUUGUGUAGAGGUUUGGUUGAGGACUUCAUUUAGGUGCCCGAUCUGUAGUACUUCUGUCGAGGAAAUUUGUUCAAAGAGAAACCAAGUUUGGGUGGAAGAUGCAUAA